AAUCAUCUUUCAAAUCUCAACUGGGACAUCCUAUCCUCCCAAAAGAAGCCUUCCCUGGUCCUCCAGAAUGGAUGGCAGCUCCCUUAGCCCCCUCAGUACAUUAGAGCCCUGAACUUUCAGGACAGUCACUAAUGACUUGUGUGUACUUACUACCUAGUAAGUUCUAAGGCCACGUUUUUCUCCAUGCCCGCAGAUUGCCCCAGUCCUCACCACCCAUCUCAUGCUAACCAGGGACUGGGUGUGAUGACAGCGCAGAGACAAGGCUUAGUAAAUAUUUGAAAUGGUGGAAAAGAUAAAAGGAAAGGCUGGCAUUUAAAACUAGAGCACAAACCCUUUGAAGCCCUCAAGGGUUUCUCAUUCACCCAAUCAUCCACCCCAAAGUGAAGGAUGCCGGGUUUGGAAUUACUGCAGUGAACAGGUUGAACAAUGGUCCAUCUUCCUGCAGAUAUUCCAGGUCCGUAGAAGUUCAGGUUGGAGGUGGAGGAACCAAAUGUUAGGCCUCUGACCCGGGUGGCUUCCUUCCUGGCUUCGGAGAGUGGAGCUUAAGCGAGACACGCAUGCGCAUAGGAAGGUCCGCCUUCGGCCCGGAACUUUGAUUCUGGGUGCAGCGGGGCAUCGGGACCUCAGGUGGAGUGCUCAACCGGAAGAGGCCGCUUAGGGAUUGGGGCCGAGUUAAAUGUGCUGAGCCUACCGCGGCGGUUAAAAAGCGUAGAAAGUCUGGAUGGAGGCUGUGGCGGCAGCGGCAAGGGAACCUGAUGAAGGCUGCACAGAGCCCAAUUCUGGGCACUGGGGGGAGCUGAGCUGGAUGUCAGUCCCAUCUAGACCCCUGGACAAGGUGGAAGCAGCAGAGGGAGCACCAAAGGCCCUGGGCAGUGACGCCUCUGGGGCUGAGAAUGUAGCAGUGAGUGCCAUGCUGCAUGCCGUGGCUGCCAGCCACCUGCCUGUAUGCAGCCAGCAGCAAGGAGAGCCUGACCUGACAGAGCAGGAGAAGGUGGCCAUCUUGGGCCAGCUGUAUCACGAGAAGCCACUGGUGUUUCUAGAGCGUUUCCGUACAGGCCUCCGCGAGGAGCACCUGGCCUGCUUCGGCCACUUACGUGGUGAUCACCGUGCAGACUUCUACUGUGCCGAGGUAGCCCGGCAGGGCACCGCCCGGCCCCGCACCCUGCGUACCCGCCUGCGUAACCGGCGCUAUGCUGCCCUGCGUGAGCUCAUCCAAGGGGGCGAGUACUUCAGUGACGAGCAGAUGCGGUUCCGGGCUCCACUGCUGUAUGAGCAGUACAUAGGGCAGUACUUAACCCAGGAGGAGCUCAGUGCCCGCACCCCAGCCCACCAGCCACCCAAGCCUGGUUCCCCCGGCACACCCACUUGCUCACUCUCCGACCUGCUGCUGCAAUCCUACCAGGAACAGGAACUGCAGCAACGGCUGCUCCAGCAGCAGGAGGAGGAGGAGGCCUGCCUGGAGGAGGAGGAAGAGGAAGAAGGGGACAGUGACAAGGAAGACCAGAGCUCUGACAGAGACUCGGAGGCCUGGGUCCCCGACUCAGAGGAGAGGCUGAUCCUGCGGGAAGAGUUCACCAGCCGGAUGCACCAGCGCUUCCUGGAUGGCAAGGACGGGGACUUUGACUACAGCGCCGUGGAUGAUAACCCCGACUUCGACAACCUGGACAUUGUGGCCCGGGAUGAGGAGGAGAGGCCCGAGCCAGGUGCCCGACAUUGCACGGAAUCCUCCCGACAUCGCUGCGAACUAGGGACUCAACUCAGACCGGGCAGGGGAGGCCCAGGAAGGAGGGCAGCCUUCAGAGAUGAAAAGGCCGGUCUAGAAAGAACCACACGUCCCAGAGAGCUCUCCUGGCCUGCUGUCAGCUAUCGGGCACGCAGAGUGGACAGACAGACGUCCUCCGACGGGAAGGCGAGAGAGUUAGCUCUUGAUGAUGAUAGCAGCUAAGCUUCGGGGGCCUCUCGGCACCAGGCACCGUCCUGCACACAGACCUGACUGAAUCAUCUCGACGGAGAAGCCAGUGUUUGCAUCACAACCAUCACAGGGUGCUGUGCGUCUGGUGCUAUCAGUAUAGAUAAUCCACCUCCCGGAGGAGGCCAGCAUCGUCCCGGCAGGCUGACUCACGGGAGAGACGUGUGUCCUGGAACCUGGGCUUAUGCCCUCAACUCCUAUUCCAGGCAUCGGCCCUCUGCACAUUUGUCACCUUCGGUCAUUAAAUGUGUGGUUACUGUGCCGUACAUAAACUUGCUUUAUUUUGUGUUUAGGUGAACACUGUUAGUAAGAAUUGGGGUGAGUCAGAUGGGGUGACCAGCAUCUGUAGCUGCGGUGGAGGUGGAGCUAGUCAAGAGGGAUGGAGAGACACUUCCCAAAGGUCACGGCCUCCGCGCUGAGACCUGGAGGUGCCCCAGUGGCCUGUCCCUCGCUCCCAGGUCUGGGAUUGGGGUGGGUGGAGAGCCUGAGUCAGGGAGGGAGGGCCCUGCUGGGGGAGAGUCCGUGCACAUCCGGCCCCCACCCCCAGUCUCCUGUCUGUCCUGGCUGCCACCCCCACGUCUGACACCUCUGCGUCCUGCCAAAGCUGACAAGGACUCCACGAGCCUCCAAGGCCUGCCUGCCUGCUCUGUCCUUUGUUCUGCUUCGCUCCCUCUAACCCCCACCCUCCUCUCCAUCACCCCUUCGUUCUGCCUCUGCCCCUCUCUGGCUGUCAUGUCUACCCUUUCUUCCUCCUUUGGCCUGGGCCUCGGCCUCUUUUCCCUCCCUCCUCACUCCCUGAGUGUCCCUCACUGUCUCAUGUCCCCGUUUCCCCUGCUUUCUGUUGGGGCGUCCCCUCCCUGUGUCACUCCUGCUUCUGUUUGCCCUCAUGUUUUCCUAUCCCUCUCCCUGUCUCUUGGCCAGCCCCCAUCGCAUCAUCUCAAUCUCUGUCCUCUUCUCUGGCUCCCAAACCCUGGAAACCCAGAGCAGACAUCCAGGUUAGAGUUUACUGGUGGCUCUUGGGAGCCCAGAAUGAGGGGUCACCUCCACCCAGAAAGGGGGUGGGAAGGGCAGUGAGGUUACAGCCUGUCUGGCCAGAAGGAAGUGUCUGUGCUGUGGCCUGGUCACCACCCCCCUCCACUGGCCCCCAGGACCUGCUGGGCUGCCACCACCCCCGGGCUGGGACAGAGUAAACACUGCCGCCGGCAGCCUGGGAUAUUUAUACCAAGGGCUGGGCGCGGGUCCAGUGCCCACCGCAGCCCCUGCCCUGCCCUGCCCGCCACAGCCAGCCCCGAGCCAACGUGGCACCAGCCAGCAAGGGGACAUACCGCAGAUGCAGCCUCCACUCAGCCCGGAGGCCACUGGGCUUGUUGCCCAGGAUGCCAGCAACUUCACUGAGGACGCACAAUCCCCCCUCCCCUGGAAACGUUAGCACAGAAUGCUCAUGAGCACACACACACACACACACACACACACACUGAGAGCUCAAAAUGCCCUUAAAGGCGAGCAAAAUAGAAGCCCACACAACUGCUCACAACACGGACGCCACCUGCUCAGACACCCACAGGGGCUGAAAACCCCACUCCCCACAAUGGGCGCGCGCGCGCGCACACACACACACACACACACACACACACACGGAAAACACGGCUCGUGUAAGAAACAAGACAUACCACCUCUGGAAACACAUCUUUCUCCCAGGCCCAUAAACAUACACAAAAUAUCCACAUUUCAAGUCAAAAUUACACUGAAUAUUGUAUUUCCACACCCGGAGGAAAGUGGCAAAGAUGAUAAG